AUGUUACCCCGACCACUCACCACACUCGCCUGUCAUGAUCUGGUUACCCCGUUACUGACUACUGCCCGAUCUUGUUCUGUCUCCGCACCUCACCUCCGCCUACGCCGCUGCAAUGGAGUGACUCGCGGCUCCAGCUUCGGCCGAGAAGUUGGAGUUUCUGGACUGCCGGGCGGGAGGAGCUGGCACUUGUCCGUCUUUGCCAGGGGCAAGAAGACAAAGUCGAAAGUGAAGCUGGAUGAUCUACCCCAGGGCGUUUUGCCGCUGGAUCCCCGUCCCGUGCAAGAUGAGGGCCCGACCUAUCCAACCGUGGUGCUGCAAGCGCGCCGCAACAUGCAAAAAUUCGACAACUGCGUGCUCUUGACGCGAGUCGGCGGUUUCUAUGAGCUGUACUUUGAGCACGCCGAGGAGUUCGGCCCCCUCUUGAACCUCAAGGUUGCUCAGAAAAAGACGAGUGCUGGUCCGGUUUCCAUGGCCGGCUUUCCCUUCUUUCAGCUGGAUCGGUUCCUCAAGAUGCUGGUCCAGGAUCUGAAUCGCUAUGUCGCCAUUGCUGAGGAGUUUCCCAAUAAUGCGUCCGAGAAGGUCAAGUCCGGUGGCCUGUUGCAUGAUCGGAGAGUUGCUCGUGUCAUCACGCCAGGAACCUUGAUUGAUGAGAACUUCAUGGAUCCCUAUGCCAAUAACUACGUGCUGGCUAUCCAUGCGACGACAGCCCAGUCCGGGGGAGGGGUAGACGAGACAGGAGCCCCAGACUCGUCCCAUUCAGCCGCUGACCGGAGCCUGACUCCGGCAACUGGUGACUCUGCCGCACCACCACCGCUACCCCUGGGCCUCGCCUGGCUAGACCUGUCCACCGGCCAGUUCUACACGCAGGCCACCGAUCUGUCGGCUCUAUCUUCGAUCUUGUCGAGGAUAUGCCCCAAAGAAGUCGUGCUUGACAGCGAGAUCCAGGCCCAGACCGACCAUGGCCUGUUACCCAUUCUCGCAGAGGACCGUCAUCUGGUCACGUACAGUCCCCUCGGCGACAUCAGGCGUCUUUCUGAUUGGACCUUUAUGCUGGAGAGCGAAAUCCCUCAGGCCACGCGCGAUGCCUUCACCGAACGCGAGGUCACGGCCGGCAGCCUCCUGCUGCAUUACGUCAAGGAGAGGCUGCUAGGGCUGAGCAUGAAGCUGCAGCCGCCGACGCGACACGAGAACAUGCAAAUCAUGAGCAUCGACAAGAACAGCGUGCGCUCACUCGAGAUUAAACAGACGAUCCGGGACGGCAACUUUCGCGGCAGCCUCCUCCACGCCAUCAGACGGACGGCUACCAAGAGCGGCGCCCGGCUCCUCAAUGACUGGCUCAGCGCGCCGUCCACGUCGCUCGACACCAUCAAGCUCAGGCAGGACCUGGUCGCCCGCUUCAUCGAGGAGCCGGACCUGCGCGACGGCGUGGUCCUGUUGCUCCGCCGCAGCCACGACUCCCAGCGACUCGUGCAGAAGUUCGCUCUCGGCAGAGGCGACCCGGACGACCUGGUGGCCCUGGCGAACACGAUCCAUGCCACCAACAGUAUACAUCAGCUGUUGGCGGAAGCAGCCGACGAGACAACGUGCCUCGCGCACAUGACGGCCCGCCUGAACCUCAAGGGGCCCCUGAGUCUCGCGCGCCGUAUCAAGGAUGCCAUCGACGAGGAGGGCAUCGUCCACCAGCAUGAGAUCGAGGCUAGCGAGGCAGGGCAAAUGAUGGCCCUCGCCCAGGAAAUCGUCAGUAACGAAGGCACAGAAGAUGAUGCAGCUGCUCUCCCCAAGGGAGCCUCCGCCGCCGCCGCGAAGAAGAAGCGCCCCACCUCGGUCCGGGAGGCCUACGCCGACGACAACGAGACGUGGAUCAUGAAACCCGAAGCCAGCGCCGUCCUACGCCGGCUACACGCCGACCUAGCAGCCCUCCACGCUGAGAAGGAAUCCCUCACGGAGACGCUCCGAGACCGCCACGGCGCCGCUUCCCUGACCCUUCGCUGGUCACCGGCCCUCGGCCACUUCUGCCAUAUCAGGGGCAAGGACGCCGCCCGCGCCUCCACCAGCAUCAGGGCCCUGAGUUCCAGCAAGUCGACGAGCUCCUUCCACGACCCGGAGUGGACGCAGCUCGGCCACCAGCUCGAGCACGCCCGGCACAGCAUCCGCACCGAGGAGCAGCGCGUCUUCCACGCCCUCCGCGCCGCCGUCGUGCUCAACCUCGUCAAGCUGCGUCGCAACGCCGCCGUCCUCGACGAGCUCGACAUCGCCACCUCCUUUGCCAAGCUCGCCGUCGAGCAGGGCCUCACCCGGCCCAUUGUCAACAACUCCACCGGCCACACCAUCAUCGGCGGUCGGCAUCCCACCGUCGAGGGCGGACUCCACGAGCAAGGGCGCACCUUUAUCCGCAACGAUUGCCUAGUAGGUGGCGGCUCCGGCUCCGGCUCCCAAGGGGCGAAGCUCUGGCUCAUCACGGGGCCCAACAUGGCAGGCAAAAGCACCUUUCUCCGCCAAAACGCCCUCAUCACGAUCCUCGCGCAGGUGGGCUGCUACGUGCCGGCCGAUUACGCCGAGAUAGGCGUCGUCGACGCCCUCUUCAGCCGCGUCGGGUCCGCGGACAACCUCUACCGGGACCAGAGCACCUUUAUGGUGGAGAUGAUGGAGACGGCGCACAUUUUGCGUAAUGCGACGCCGCGGUCCUUUGUCAUCAUGGACGAAAUUGGCCGCGGCACGACGCCCGAGGACGGCACAGCGGUCGCGUACGCCUGUCUGCAUCAUCUGGUGACCGUCAACCAGUGUCGGACGCUGUUCGCCACGCACUUCCACCGUGUUGCUGACUUGGCGGUGCGGGAUGGGUUGGGCGGUGGCGAGGGUGAGGGUGUGAGUGAACGGGUACGGGUGGAGAUGUAUUGUACAGAUGUGGACGAGGAUGAGGACGGCGGGUUCGUCUACAUUCAUAAGCUGGUCAAGGGCAUCAACAGGCAGAGUCACGCACUCAAGGUUGCAAAAUUGGCCAAUAUGCCUGAAGCGGCUGGCGGUGUGAUAUCAAAACCUGUACCUUCUUGUAUGUUAGCCAUGAUACCCACGUGGAACUGA